AUGCCAUUCAAUCAUCUAAUCCGUAACGAUUUCUUGACGCCGGUUGAGUCUCAAAUCAUUGAAGAAGACAUCAAGAACGAUAACAAGACUGGAGUUGGAGCGAUUCUCGUGGAUCAGAUGUCGAAAAAGUACGGUGUGAUGUUGAAGAGAUGGGAGAUGAAGAAAGAGACAGGAAGAGGAAGCUGGAACUACUCUUUGACAUGUGGUUGGAACGAUGUCGUUAAGGCUAACGGAUUGAAAGCGAACGACUACGUUAGUGUUUGGUCUUUCAGGUGCCGUGGAGUCCUCUGCUUUGCACUUGUUCCUGCCAUGGAACAGAGUAGCUCUUCUCUUGCUCUCUGUAUCUGA